AUGCCCACGGCCAUCCUCAUCGGUCCCAGUACGACGCUGGUCAACGAGCAGCAGAGCAGCAGCAGCACGGCGGUCCUCAAGCCAGGCUCGGUCAUUGAGCUGAACGACCUUCUGCAGGGCGUCAACAACGCCGGACAGAUUGGCGAGACGAUCAAGGACAUUGUCAACAACAUCGUCACUAGACCUGACAUGUCAGCUGACGAUGACUCAUCGACCACGACUACAACUUCUUCCUCAAACGGCGAUGAGACGACGAUCUCCACAACAACCGAUCCAACAACGGACGGCCCGCUGACCACUUCCCUUCCCGACGGAAGCAUCAGCACUCUGGCGCCCUCCUUCUCAGGCAAAACUCCCAUGCUGGGCAGCAGCAGCGGCAACGGCAACAAACAGCGACCGGACGCCAAGUUCCCCGUGUACAUUCCCAACCAGACCAAUCUGCCGAAGUACUACAUGACCACCAGUGAGGAGAAGGUCAUCUUCAGUACGCAGACAGAGGAGGGCGGAGACGGUGGACAGCCGCCGGUGAGCACCCGAUACGUGACCAGCGUGGAGAAGGCGGCAAAGACGCUGACGCUGACCAGUACAAAGGUCUACUACACUCGCGACUCUCCGCUGACCAUCACUUCUAUCCACACGACCACCCUGCCGCCGAUCACCUACGUCUCGACGAUCAUCGGCUCAAAGACCAUCCUCGGCACGUACAACUCCAUCACGCCGACCAGGUCGAGCACCAUGAUGGACACUGCCUCUGCCGCCACCUCAUCAAUGACCCCCUCAUCAUCGGCCACCACCAGCGCCCAACCGGCGCCCACCACCCGACCACGACUGCACCGGCCAAAGAACCAGGACCAGCAGCAGCAGCCACCACUGCUCAAAGCCAAGGUGACGCCCUUCCUCAGCUCACAGCCCAAGAAUGGAAAGGCAAAGAAUGGCAACAACAAGGCGGCCACCCUGCCGCCGUCCAUCUUCAUGAACGCCAGUUUGGAGGCGGCCGACCUGUGCACUCCCGCCUGCAACGCCACCAACAAGGAGUACUGCAAGGUGGAGGAGGCGGCCACUUCGGCUGCGCCCGGCAAGUACACCUGCGAAUGUCGACCUGGCUACGUGCGACGACCGUCGGACGGCAGCUGUCAAGAAAUCAAAAACUACCUCGUCGUGGUGCGCGUCUCAAAGACCGCCGAGUCGGAGGUGGCCGCCCACCACACCGGCAAUGAGGUGCAGUCAUUCACCCGAGUCGCCCGUCGCCUGACCACCGCCGGCGGCCGUGGCCUGGACGCCGAGGGCAUCGCCGACCUGCAGGUGCUCUCCGUGGAGCGAAGCAGCCGCUCCCAGGCGGCCACCAUGGUCAACCUGACCAUUCAGCUGGACCCCAGCCUCAAUCGCAACGUCCAGGACGACCUCUCCCGGAAGCUCUCCAGCCUGGGCCAGGUGGAGAAGGUGGUCGACUUUGACGAGUGCACCUCACCGCUGCACAAUGACUGCUCGCCAAGGGCGCGGUGCAUCAACGAGCCGGGCACCUACCGCUGCCAGUGCCUCGAGUCCUUCAUCGACCUGGACGCGGUCAGUCCAGGACGGCACUGCGUCAGCGAGGUCAAGUCCUGCGACUACUGCUACGGCCGCGGAGACUGCUGGCGAUCACAGGCGAACACCGUCUGCCGCUGCCACCCGAUGUUCAUCGGCCGCCGCUGCGAGAUCAAUGGACUGCUUCUCGCCAUUCUCGUUCCCAUCAUCGCUAUUUUGGUGAUCGUCGCCAUCAUCGCCUUCCUCUACUGCUCGCGCAAGCUGCGCAAUCGGAACCGCCGCUUCAAGAACCUGGCCGCCUACGGACCGGUGGCCGUCAUCGGGGGCACGCUCGACCGCAAGGCAAUGCUCGAGACCAGCAGCGAGAGCAGUGAUCCGCAGCAUCGCUCUUCCCACUACAAU